CCGAUAUCAAUCUGUUGUAAUCCUUCCAAAAUCUGCCACCGUGCUGCCCCGCGCUCCCCUCCGGUGUAUACGAGGGUUUCUCCUGUUUGAAUAGCGGCAUUUGGGUCUCGGAAUAUUUACCGAUUAGGUGGAAGUUGAAGUUAUAUUUGAUUGGGGGUCGGACCUUGCGCGCAGUAGUCGGAAACCAGAGCGCUACUAUUCGAAAUGGCUCCACGUAAGGGUAAGGAAAAGAAGGAAGAGCAGGUCAUCAGCUUGGGGCCUCAAGUGGCUGAAGGUGAAAAUGUAUUUGGAGUUUGCCACAUCUUUGCCUCCUUCAAUGACACCUUUGUCCAUGUGACUGACCUGUCUGGCAAAGAAACCAUCUGCCGUGUAACCGGUGGCAUGAAGGUGAAGGCCGACAGAGAUGAGUCCUCUCCAUAUGCCGCUAUGUUGGCUGCACAAGAUGUUGCCCAGAGGUGCAAGGAGUUGGGCAUCACAGCCCUUCAUAUCAAGCUGCGUGCUACUGGUGGAAACAGGACUAAAACACCAGGACCUGGUGCCCAGUCUGCCCUCAGAGCUCUGGCUCGUUCAGGCAUGAAAAUUGGUCGCAUUGAGGAUGUCACCCCCAUCCCUUCAGACAGUACCCGCAGAAAGGGCGGUCGCCGUGGUCGUCGUCUAUAGAUUCUACCUUUUGUCUUUCGGUUGUUAAUAAAAUUUCAGACCAA